AUGACAGGCGGUGAUAUUUCAUUGGAUAAGGCGGCCCCGCAGGCGGAGGGGAGCCAGAAUGGGAAGUCGUUAAAGACACUUCAGAAGAAAGGAUCUUCGACAAACAAACACACCUACCGGACCAACAGCGCACAGCGGGCAGUGUACGAUUACUUGAAGAAGCUGAAGCCGAUCCCGGAGCUCGCUGAACCAAAGAGUAUUGGAAUAUAUGAAGAGGCGUCUAUGGAGACGGUUUUGUACCCACUCAUUGAAAAGCACCAAGUGAUUAUGGUGGCUGGAGCAUUUUUUGGUGAUGAAGGAAAAGGAAAGACGGUUGAUGCCGUCGCCCGCCACCCGGCUUGCACAUGUAUUGCACGUGUGAAUAGCGGUGAAAAUGCUGGCCAUACAGUGUAUGAUGAUGCGGGACGCAGGUUUGUUUUUAAUCUGGCUCCUUCUGGACUAUUGUCGGAAAAUAAGCGUAACUACGUGGGCCCAGAAUGUGUAAUGGAUCCCAUAAGCUUCAUGGAGAAGGAAGUAGGCCAACUAAUUGAGGCGAAUGUUCCGUAUAAGGACCGUUUGUUUAUUGGAAACGUCAAUGUAGUGACACCUUAUCAUAAGUUGCUUGACGUGCUUGCCUCAGCCCCAAAUUCCUCAACGCUGAAAGGAAUGGCCCCCGCUCACGCAUCCAAAGUGACAAAGCGUGGCAUUCGUUUGGAUCAUAUUUUUAAUGAUCCUGCUGUGCUUAGUGCACGCCUCGCGAAGGACAUGGACACGUACUUUGGGUUUCUAAAGGUGAAAGCAUUGUCAGACGCGGAUGUUGUGCAACGCUGUGAAGAAGAAAACAGUGAUGGCGUGAUGCGAGUCCCGUCCCACGUGAUGGAGUUUGCACGCGCAGAAGACAAGGUGGGGUAUCUCGUAAAACUAUACAUGGAUCGUGUGAAAAAUAACAAGGAAUUCCCACUUAGAUGUGACGUGGCACAUGAGUUGCGCUCCGCACUGGAGCGUGGCGAGAAGAUAAUGUUGGAGGGACCACAGUCAUACUGGCUAAGUAAUGCCCAUGAAAAAUUUUGGGAGAGUACCACUUCCGCUGAUACGACGGCAGCUGGAUUGUUGGCCACGGCGCAAUUCAAUUUUCAGCGCUACAGGUCUGUGGUGAUUAAUGUGCAUAAGGCACCGGCGAGUAGUCGCGUUGGAAUUGGGGCCAACCCCAGCAGCUUCAUUUCACAGGACUUUUUCUCGGCACAAGGUGUGAAGACGUUGCAUGACCUCCCUGAAAACAUGUGCGUUGACUUUGACGGUAUUCAAAAACUUUUCUUUACAAAGGCGUUUCACCUGGAGAGCAAGGAGUACAAUGGUAUAUGGGAACCAUUGGAGUUUGAGGACUCCAGCGGAAAAUAUAACAUUGGCGUCGCCAUGGCCAUUGCUUCGUCACGUCAUCAUGAAGAAUGCGGCGCGGUGACGAAAAAACCUCGUGUAUGCGGCUUAUUUGACUGUGUGCUGCACUUUGAGGUGAACGCGGUGCAAGGACCGUACCUUUCUAUCUCCGCCCUUGAUCGCGGUGACGAUUACGAGAAGAUUGGCGUCACGAUCGCCUACGUUUACUACAACAAGGACAACCAUGUGCUGAACCUCAACGGUCGCGAGUACAAAAAUGGUGACAUCAUCAAGGCCGGUGAGGCGGUGCCAAGUGAGGCGGUGCUGUAUUAUUGCCAUCCCAUCGUGAAGCUCGUCAAUGGGUGGAGGCAGACCCCUAUCGCGGCGUCCAAACGUAAAGUCGGCGAGCCGCUGCCGAGAGGCGUCUGCGAAUUUAUUGCCACAGUGGAGCACUUCACAAAGGCGAAAGUCAUCUCCGUUGGCAAUGGACCGAGAGGAAGUGACAUCAUUUAUCUUAAGCAGUGA